AAAAAGCAGCGGAUCCCGAUGGCAUGGACACUUAUGCAAGGUCCGCCGCGCUGCCGUGCUACUGGAGCCCACUCGCCGUCUCUUCAUUCGACCCAGCUCCAUCGCCAUCGCCCCGCAGCCGAGAGAGCCCUGCCGCAACGCGACCAGCGACCACCGAGCCAAAGCAGGCGGCAUGAGGCUUGAUUCAGUGCAUUUAUCCAUGCUGGUCAUCGGGGUCUCAUUCGCCUGCUACUCCCCGAGUUUGAAUUCCCUGCAGGACCAGGCUUACAAAUCCGCCGUGGUGAUCGAGGGCAAGGUGCAGUCUACGCCUGUGAACGUCUCCGCGGAGCCGUACCGUGUGAAUGUCAAAGUGCUGGACGUGUGGCCCCUGAACAGCGGGGGUCUGGAGCGGGAGCAGCUCGUCACCGUGGGGGAAUUUGGAUCCGAGGCUCCGUGCGCCAAAGUGAAGAAGAACCACAAGUACAUUUUUUUCAUGGACCCCACGGACGAGCCCUUGGUUUUCAAGGCAUCGUUCGCGCCUCUGGACACGAGUGGAAAGAAUCUCAAAAAGGAUGUUGGGAAGAUCUUGUGUGAGGACUGCGCUGCGGCUCCAAAGUUAAAACCGAUGAGGAAUCCAAUAAUCGUGGACGAGGGAAGCAAGCUCACAGUAAAGUGUGAGGCAACAGGGAACCCUCUCCCCACCUACAGAUGGUUCAAAGAUGGCAACGAGCUGAAGAAGAGCAAAAAAGUCCGAAUAAGGAACAGCCAGAAAAACUCCAGAGUCCAGAUCAACAGAGCAAAACUGGAGGAUUCUGGGAAUUACACAUGUGUGGUGGAGAACCCGCUGGGAAAGGACAACUCCACUGGCACUGUUAACGUCCAAAGCAUAACCACAACGCCAUCUCCAGGCUCAGGCCACGCCAGAAGAUGCAACGACACAGAGAAGGCCUACUGUGUGAAUGGCGGCGACUGUUACUUCAUACAUGGUAUAAAUCAGCUCUCCUGCAAGUGUCCAAAUGACUUUACUGGUGAUCGCUGUCAAACCUACGUUAUGGCCAGUUUCUACCAGCAUCUUGGGAUUGAAUUUAUGGAGGCAGAGGAGCUCUACCAGAAAAGAGUCCUGACAAUCACGGGUAUUUGUGUGGCUCUGUUGGUGGUGGGCAUCGUGUGUGUGGUUGCCUACUGUAAAACCAAGAAACAAAGAAAGAAGAUGCACAAUCAUCUGCGACAAAACAUGUGUCCAGAACAUCCCAAUCGUAACCUUGCUAACGGACCCAAUCACCCAGGACCAGGCCCCGAGGAAAUCCCCAUGGUAGAUUACAUAUCAAAGAACGUCCCGGCGACUGAACGAGUCAUACGGCCUGCGACAGAGGGAUCGUUCCCUGCCAGCCAUGCCUCUUCCAGAUCUCACAACUCUUCCACGCGAGCCCAUUCAUCAACUCACAGACAUGAGGAACGGACAUGGAGCCUGGAACAUUCUGACAGCAUCCUCUCCGACUCGCCGGGAAUGAUGUCAUCAUCCGUGGGGACCAGUAAAUGCAGCAGUCCUGCGUGCAUGGAGGCACGGGCCCGGCGCGCUGCACACUGUGGUUACUCUGACCCCCAUCGGCCGGGCCUGCAGUACGGAGACUCCUUCGACUCGCUGGGAGACUCUCCGCACAGCGACAGAUACGUGUCAGCCCUGACGACACCAGCCCGCCUCUCGCCAGUGGAUUUCCAUUACUCAUUGCCCUCGCAGGUGCCUACCUUCCAGAUCACGUCCCCCAAUGCCAGCCAUGCCAUGUCUCUCCCUCCUGCUGUCCACAACCCCUACCCCCUGGAGGAUGAUCAGCCUCUGCUGCGCCGUUACCAGGUGCCCCUACACGACGCCCAGUGCCAGGAGCCCUACCGGCAGCAGCGCCGUACCUAUCUAAAUGACAGCAGGGGCAGCCUGCCCUCCAGCCCCUACCGGCUGGCUGAGGAAGAAGACUAUGAGACCACCCAGGAGUAUCUCUCCUCUCGAGAGCAACCAAAGAGAAGUGGGUCCAGUGGAACUGGUAGCCGGCGCUGGCGGAGAUCCAGACUGAACGGCCACGUGGCCCCGCGUGGAUACGAGGCAUCUCGGGACUAUGGGUCUCGAAGCUGCCUAACAGAUAGUGAGUCAGAGGAGGACGGUGAGAGCACGCCCUUCCUCAGUAUGCAGAACAUGAAUGCGGAGCCCUCCACCAUCUACAGGCCGGUGGACAGUCGGACUUCUCACUCAUCGGGGCGGCACAGUGGGCAUGGGAACAUGCACACAAGACUGACACACUCACGCUCCAAACCGGACAAUACACCCCAUUAAAGAGUGAAAAUGAACCAACAAAAAUCAAUAUAGUAUAGACCUGCAUCUAUAAGAAAUAUUUUUAUUUUAUAUAACUGACAGAUAUUCUAAACAAAUGAAAUAUUUAUUUUCAUUUUAGCAAAAGUUGUCUACUAGUUAACAGCAAAGACUUUUUUAUAGGGAAAACUCUAUUUAUAUGUACAUUUUGAUUUACAGCAUAAAAAGAUGUGCCAGUUUUUUCACAACGUAAAAAAAUAGAGUAAUAUUGUGGUGCCUUUUGCUGUAUGCCGAUGCCAGAGGGCCAGUGGAGGUUUUUGUAGCCUUUCUUAUAUGGACGCCUCAUUUUUUAUACACAUUUAUGUUUUUUUUUUCCUCUCUGGUUUUUCCUGUUUUACUCUUUUUCUUUCCAAGUUGCAUUCUUUGAGGAGUCUAGCCCCACUGGAACAUAACCCCCCUUCCAUGUCACGCAAUAUAAACCACUUCAACAUAAAGUGUAUGUUUACAUUAAUAUGAUUCGCCUGUAGGGUUUAUGAUUUGGGGAUCUAAUAGAACGCCUGAUGAAUACAGUGUAGAUCCUCUUUUUGCCCUCUGACUAAUGUCUACCGAGAGAAAGAGAGGUCAAAGUGAGAGACUGUGUGGUUGUACGUGCGUGCGUGCAUAGAUGCCCGUGUGUGUGUGUGUGUGCGUGCGUGCGCGCAUGUCAGUCGGCUUGCAUGUAUUUGUGAUUGUUAGACGAAAAAAAAAAUUCAUUGUUUGUUGUGGUAACAUAAAACGUGUGGGUCUACUGGCGUCUCAGCAGAGCGGACCGGAGAGCCUCUCGGAGGUGCACAGACUAGUGCUUUAUCAGAGCAGUGACCCCCUCAGUGUAGGCGGACAGGUAAGGCUGCUGUCGGGUUGUGUGUUAUGCAGGUCAUCGCUUGAUGUGUUUACAGCUAUUCCGCCCCUUUUCCCAGCCUGCCCCAGUUAAGUCCCUUUCAUUUCCCCGGCAGGUUUCCCCACCCACCCACGUUAGUCCAUUACGAGGCCAACAAACACUGAGCAACUUGGCACAGGGUGACCCCUGCCAUCAGAGGUGACGGCAAAACAAAAAGAUUGCAUCUGUUUCCACUCAACUCUGCUCCCCCACCCCCCCAAUUCCAUGCCUCAUCAUCCUUCUGUGUCCAUUCUGUUUUUGUGGCUCGUGUUAAAAGGCCACACAGUGUCUCAGGAUUUCCACAAGCACCACCCUGCACCCCCACCCCGCCACCCCCACCCUCUCCCCCUCCAACUUAAACCCAGUUCACCCUCGACUUAAGGUCUACCUAAGACUAUGGCUCUCAGAUAAUGAAGGCCUAAAUGUUAACAUACAGUCCACCAGUUCCCUGAACACUUCCCAUGCAGAGAGAUUAAAAAAAAAAAAGAAAAAGAAAAAAAUGAGCCAAGCGGAAAAAAAAAGAAAUACAGCUCAGUCGAGGGCGGAGCAGCGCAGAACACGCUAGACAAUAUUCAAUGAAAUAGCUGUGAAACUUUCGGAGGAUCAUACAAUGCAAAAAUAUGCAAACUUUCUAUUUUGCUGUUUGAUUACAUCAUUUUCUAAGAGGUGACUGUAGUGUGUUGUGUGUGUGUGUGUGUGUGUGUGUGUAAAAAAAAAUCAAAAAAACUAUGUGAUGCCUGUAGUGUAGGAUGAACUAUCAUGAUAUAAAUGCAUAUUUACAUGAGUUAGUUUUUUGAAGCCAUUAUGCAGCCAUCUGUCACGUUUGUCAGCCUUUUUCUCGUUCACACCGCUCACGUCCAUCGGAUGACUGUGUCCAUUAACUUUAUGUUAUAGCCGGGUUUGUUAGAUGGCCUCCCCCCCGCCACCCCCACCACCCUGCCCUCCUCCCGACUUUAACAUGCACACUUCCGAGUGACGUCAGAUAAGCAUCCGAAUAGUGUCUCCUCCUCCUCCAAUAGUACCGCGUACUGCUUUGUCUUGUUGACAGAUCUGGUCAUUUACAAUGAAAAUGAUGACGACUUUAAAAAAGUGAACCAAACCAUUUAAGCCCCCCCCCCCAGUCCUCCACUGAAGGUAAAUAUUUAAAAGACAAUUCAAGAAAUGUCAAACCCAUUAGAAGUGACUCAGCGCGAGAGAGCAGCCGAUGGGUGUUUCGUCGCUUUUGGUUCGAUUCAUCUCCUCGGUUGAAAAGAAAAAAGACAAAAAAAAAAAAAAAAGUUGAAUGCUGAAUUCUCAGAUGGUUCUAUGAAAAAAAAAAUGCCUAAAAAAAGGAUUGAUCUGCAAUUCUAUCUAUGUGGUGAAUGCACAGUGGUAUUGUUCUAGAGAAGAAGGAAAAAAAAACAAACAAAGGGUCUUUGGUCACACCUCACUUGCAGAUGUUUCAUUGAGUUUUCUCACCUCUGGGUCUAAUUUUGUAUGUCUGAAAAAUGCAAAAGAAGACAGUGCUCCUCUAGUUUUAAAUGUGAUACUUCCCCCCCUCCACCUUGCCAGUCCUCUCACCCAAAAUCGAGAUUGCUACCAGGGCACGCCCCGCCAGUCUCUUCUGUUUAAUUUUAUGAGCCCACCCCCCUGAAAACACCUGACCCCACACCCCGCCCCCUCGCUUGAAAAAUGUUUGAACACCUCUCUUCUGCAUGUCCUUGUGGUCACGGUUAGAUGGGUGCAUGGUAAAAAAAAAAAAAAAAAGCAGCAGACAAUUCUUUUUUUUUUUCUUCCAGUCAGUGAAAAUGUAUUUCAUUUAACAUUCAGCAAUAAAAAAGAACCUUUCCCCCCCCAUGUCAUUCCCUGAAAUAUGCUAGAAAUAAAAAAAAAGAGAAAAAAACUGCGAGAUUGUCAUAGAUUGUAAAAUAAAAAUGAAAAAUGAAUCCACCUGUUCAUAUGAGAAAAUAAAUCGUUAUUCAUA